AUGUUCACUGAGUUACAAUUAGAUGAACAGGAGAGAUCAAGAGCUACAUCGAUAUCUCGAAAUUCAAACCCCCAACUAUCCACAGACCGAAGGCGGGGCAAUAUCGGAAACUCACGGAAUCGAACAGCAGUCCAGCAAUUUGAUCGUCUCCAGAACCGCCCAUCAUCUCGAAAUAGCACAGGGGAACAAAAUCUAGGAUCGCGAGGUGUAGGACUAUCCCAGGAAAGAGCUCUGGAAAGAUCUCGACUUCGCGAAAAUUCAAGCAGACCAUUACGAUCUCGAGCUUCCGAAGUUGCCAGAGUUAUUGGUAUAGCUCCAGAGCGGAACAGAACUAGAAGUAUUGGGAUAACACGAGACCAGGCCAGAUCUCGAGAUCGGGCGAGUACACGAGACCAGGGCAGAUCUCGAAGUGUUGGGAUAGCACGAGACCAGGGCAGAUCUCAAAGUGUAGGGAUAGCACGAGACCAGGGCAGACCUCGAGAUCAGGCGAGUACACGAGACCUCAGCAGAACUCGAAGUGUUGGGAUAGCACGAGACCAAGGCAGACCUCGAAGUGUAGGGAUAGCACGAGGCCAGGGCAGAUCUCGAAGUGUUGGGAUAGCACGAGACCAGGGCAGAUCUCGAAGUGUAGGGAUAGCAAGAGACCAAGGCAGACCUCGAGAUCAGGCGAGUACACGAGACCAGGGCAGAUCUCGAGGUGUUGGGAUAGCACGGGACCAGGGCAGACCUCGAGGUGUUGGGAUAGCAAGAGACCAGGGCAGACCUCGAGAUCAGGCGAGUACACGAGACCAGGGCAGAUCUCGAGAUCGGGCGAGUACACGAGACCUCAGCAGAACUCGAAGUGUUGGGAUAACACGAGAUCGUGGCAGAACUAGACCAUUACGAUCUCGAGCUUCCGAAGCUGCUAGAGUUAUCGGUAUAGCUCAAGAGCGGAACAGAACUCAAAGUAUUGGGAUAGCACGAGACCGAGGCGGAACUCGAGAUAUGGAAAGUACACGAGAUCGGGACAGAGCUCGAGAUUUGGCGAGUUCACGAAACAGGGACAUAACACGAAAUAUCGGGAUAACACCAGACCAGGACAGAAUUCGAGAACUAGGAAGUAUACGGGACCGGAACAGAGUUCGAAGUAUCGGGAUAGCAAGUGAUAGGGACAUAACUCGUGAUCUGAUGAGAUCUAGUAAUACUGAGAUACAGAGAUCUCCAGAUAUCUUCGGAAUUAGUGAUCUAUUUGAGGAAACAGACAGUUCUUUAUUUACCCGUACGCGUAUGCGUAAUGGCGGACGUUUAAGAAGACAACGCUUGACGACGCCUCCACUCAUCCCAGAAGAGCCGUUACAGGUUCAAUGUGAUUCUAUGGUAAGUACAAAUUCAUAG